GACGAGAGGCGACGGUCGCUGAGACGGAUCUCCAUGGAGACCUUCACACACAAACGACGCCAUUUUGGUUGUUGAUGCUGCACUUUGUUUCCACGUCUGUGUUGACAUUUUGCUCUUUAUCCCGCACGUAUCCCAAGUUCUGCACGAUGUAUGCCUCUGUUGCUUCGGUCUAUCAUCAAGCUCUGGACGAUCUCCACAGGUUUAGGACCUACCCGGCCCCCGUCUCCCAACAGACACCCCCAGUCCCUGAUCCUCGCCCCGGUGUCUUCACGAUCACCGUCAACCCCCUCUACUCCCUGCCCGACACCCUGCCCUCCUUCCCCGUCCUUGCCCCCAGAGCCCGUCCUCAAGUUGUGGAGAUCGAUCUUGGUGAAGAAUCCAAGCAGCCCCAGUCGUGCUCGGCUGUCCUUGUGUCCUGUGUGAAACACAUGUUCCAGAGUUUCUUCACACAGAGAUAGACUUGGAUGUGUUUGCUGUACCAGUGUUGUGUGAACUAUCAGUUUUGGGACCUUUCGGACAAAUCAUUUGGACUAUUUUGGCUUUUUUUCAUUUAACAUGUUUUUUGCUUCACACAGGAAAUACAUCAUGUUAUAUUUAAGUUGUUAAUGAUAAACGUUAUUAUUGUGGAUGUAUAUUCAUAUUUUGUUGUAGGAACAAACAAUUUGGUAAGUUGCGGGUAGGGACUGGGAUUUGUGGAAACGAACUAAUUGUCCCAUACCUUUCUGGAAAAGGGUUAUUAUGCUUAGGGCAGAUUACGGUUUACAGUCUAUUUACAAGUUUGACAGUCGCUGCUUUUCAUUGCGAUCUGGGGGAUACAAGGUCAUGUCGCCCACACCGUCGGAAUCAGGUCAAUGCGACCUUCAGUGUUUACAUUAUAAAUUUGCUCCCAAUUACGUAGAUCGAUGCUCAUGCUGUUGAUCACUGGAUUGUAUGGAU